AUGAACGUGGGCGAGGUGGCCCACACGAGCAUCAUCGUGCACGUGCUGGACGUGAACGACAACCGUCCGCGGCUGGCGCGGCCACGUUACGCCGGCCGGGUGCGCGAGUCGGCGCCGGUCGGCUCGGCCGUGCUGGCCGACGACGGCCGGCCGCUGGUGGUGGCCGCUGUUGACCUGGACGACAACAGCAACGGCCGGCUGCUGUUCAGCAUCGUGGAGACGGCCGCCCGCCAGUUCCUGCAGAUCGACCCCGACUCCGGUGCCCUGAGGACCGCCGGCGCGCUGGACCACGAGAGCCGGUCCCAGCUGGAGUUCACGGUGGACGUCUGGGACCGCGGUCAGCCCCGUCUGCAGGCGGCCAGGCCGGCCCGCGUCACCGUCGCCGUGCUCGAUGUCAACGAUGAGCCGCCCCGUUUCGCGCACGCGCAGUACAACUUCACCGUGCUGACGCCCAGCUACGACGGCGUGGAGGUCGGCACCGUGCAGGCCUCCGACCCGGACACGCAGAACAUCAGCUACUCGCUGACGGGCGCCGACGCGGCGCUGUUCUCGCUGGCCGCCGACACGGGCUCGCUGCGCCUGCUGCGCGGUGAGACGGUGCCGCCGCUGGCCAACGUGACCGUGCACGCGUCGGACGGGCCGCACCGCGCCGCCGCCCUGGUGCUGGUGCGCAGCCGCCAGGUGGCCAGUCGUGGCCUGGUGUUCUCCAGCGACCAGUUCUACGGCACCGUGCGCGAGAACACGACUCGCGUCGACAUCGUGGCCUCGCUGUCCGUGCGGGGCAACCAGCUGAUGGAGCACCUCGCCUUCCGCAUCCUCAACCCCUCCGAGUACUUCAGCAUCAGCGAGACGGCUGGCGUGGUGCGCACCACGGGUGUGGCGCUGGACCGGGAGCAGCAGGAGCAGCACGUGCUGGCCGUAGAGGUGCGCAGCGACAGGGACGGCCGGGUGGCGCACACGCUGCUGCACGUGACCGUCAUGGACGACAACGACAACCGGCCCGUGUUCGUCAACCAGCCGUAUCACGCCGUCGUGCCCGUCGAGGCCACCGUCGGAGCUCCGGUCACCAAGGUGACGGCGAUCGACGCUGACCUGGGCGACAACGGCCGGGUACACUAUGACCUGCUGCGGGGUAACGGUGACCUGUUCGCGGUGGACCUGCUGAGCGGGGCUGUGACGCUGCGCCGCUCGCCGCGCGGCCUCGACACCGCCUUCAGGCUGGUCGUCACUGCUUACGAUGGAGGCUCCCCUCCCCUCUCCUCGGAGGCGGAGGUACUGGUGACAACCGUGGACGGCAGUCAGCCCCGCUUCUCCCAGCCGCACUACUGGGCCCACGUGGCCGAGUCGGCCGAGCGGCGCACGCCCGUGCUGACGCUGGAGGCGGCCGCCCCGUCCGCCUCCAGCCUGGUGUUCCAGCUCACAGAGCCGGCCGUCGACUCCAUGUUCGACGUAGACUUCACCACCGGCGUUCUGUACGUGGCUGGUGAGCUGGACUACGAGACCCGGCCGCGCUACAAGCUGACGGUGUCGGCCACGGACCGGGUCACGGGGUCAAUGACCUCUGUGCCGGUCACGGUGAACGUCACGGACGUCAACGACAACGCGCCUCAGUUCGAGCGGUCGGUUUACAACGUGACGGCCAGCGAGGCGGCCCACCCCGGCCUGAAGCUGCUGCGCGUGAAGGUCACGGACCGGGACCAGGAGGACGACCAGCCGCUAAGCUUCCGUGUCCAGGAGGCGGACGGCUCGGAGAGCUUCCUGUUCCACAUGACGUCCGACGGCUCCCUGGCCGUCACCAGCUACCUGGACUUCGAGCAGCGGCCGCUGCACCAGCUGGUGAUGACCGUCUCCGACGACGGCUCGCCGCCGCUCACUGGCACCGCGCUGCUCACCGUCAACGUGGAGGACGUGAACGACAACGUGCCGGUGUUCGACCGGGCCAGCUACGCGUGCGAGCUGACGGAGCUGCCGUCUCGGGGGCAGUUUGUCACCAUGGUGAAGGCGCACGACCCGGACCCCACCGACCAGCUCGUCUACCGCAUCGCUGACGGCAACGACCGCCAGCUGUUCUACAUCAACAGGCGCACAGGCGUCAUCACGGUGGCCAAUAUCCGGGCGUUCGAUGAGUCGCCCCAGUACCAGCUGAACAUAACCGCCGCCGACGGUAUUCACCACACCUACGUGCCCCUGACGGUCCGACUGAUGCCCGCUAACAAGCAUGCGCCCGCAUUCGAAAAGGUCGCCUACGAGGUGGACCUGAGUGAAGACGUGGCCAGCGGCACUCCGGUGACCCAGGUCAAGGCGUAUGACCCAGACAGGGGUCCCCUGGGUCAGGUGGUGUACAGCAUUCCCUCCGAUCGAUGGAGAGAAGUAUUCAGCAUCAACGCUUCAACCGGCGUGAUCAGCACCCGUCAGCGACUGGACCGUGAGACGGUGCCGGUGCUGGAGCUGCCCGUGUGGGCCACGGACGGUGGUCACCGGUCUGAUCACACCACAGUCAAGGUCCGGCUGUCGGACGUCAACGACAACGCGCCCCGCUUCCAGCUGGCUCAGUACCGGGCCGUCGUGGCGGCCAACCUCACGGCCGGAGACGUCGUCUGCAAGGUGACGGCGUACGACUCGGACGAAGGAGAUAACGCCAGGCUCACGUACAGCAUCUUCGAGACGGAGGUGUCGGACAUCAGGAAGGCCUUGGAUAUCGAUUCGGAGACGGGAGAGAUCAUUCUGAUGCAGCGACCAACUCAGCUGGAGAGUCCGGUGUACCAGUUGUUCGUGCGAGCGACAGAUGGCGGCAGUGAGCGGCUGGUGGCCGACGUCCCAGUGGACGUGGUCGUGUUGCCAGACAGCGAGGGCAUGCCCGUGUUUGACCCGCUGCUGUCGGGGCCACAGGGCGUGUUUCUCACCGAGAGUGACCCAGUUGGUACCCGCAUCACGUCAGUCCGGGUCCGCGGCGGCGGUACGGUGACGUACUCGGUGGCCUCGAUCCACGAGAUGCCGUCAGCGGACAUGUUCGAAGUGGAUGCGGACGGACAGCUGGUCCUGGCCAAGAGUCUCGACCGGGAGGCCGUGGAUAGGUACAACAUCACGAUCGCAGCUCAGACCGAGUCUCUGCCACCGCUGGUCGCCUACUCCCACCUGAUGUUGUCUGUGAUGGACGACAACGACAACGACCCCGUGUUUGACGCAGACGUGUACCGGGGUACCGUCAGAGAGGGUCUGCCGGCCGGUACCAGAGCUCUGCAGGUGUCGGCGGUCGACCCGGACGUGGGUGCUAACGGCCAGGUGCGCUACCAGCUGCACGCCGACUCUAGCCACCUGCACGCACUGCUGGCGGUGGACGAACGGUCUGGCUGGGUGACCACGCUGCGGCCGCUGGACCGCGAGACGACAGACACCUACCGGCUGACGGUGGUGGCCGCCGACGGAGGCUCACCUCGUCGCUCGGCCACGGCCAGUCUGGUGAUCUCGGUGGCCGACGACAACGACUCGCCGCCCGUGUUCGCUCAGCAGCGGUACGCGGCCGUCGUUAAUGAGGACGCCCUGCCGCGCACCUCCAUCAUGAGCCUGACGACCGAUGACGCCGACCUGCUCUCGGCGCCCGUCCACUUCUACAUCACCGACGGAGACCCCCACGCCCGCUUCGAGAUUGUGACGAGCGGCGCCAACAGCGGCGAGCUGUUCGUGUUAAACGCGUUGGACCGUGAGACCGUGCCCAGCUACGACCUGACGGUGACAGCCACCGACGGCUCUCUGGUGGCCACCACCCGGCUACACCUGGAUGUGCUCGACGCCAACGACAACCCACCCGUGUGUGAGGAGGAGGGGUACGCGGUCACGCUGAGCGAGGCGGCCCCUCCCCACCACGUGCUGACCGUCCGGGCUCAUGACCUGGACGACAGCAGGAACGGUCGGCUCCGGUACUACCUGACCGGCGGCGGCGCCGACGACUUCGCCAUCGACCCGGCCCUAGGUCACGUGCGCGUGUCGGGCUCGCUGGACCGAGAGGCCCGGCCCGUCUACCGCCUGACGGCGCACGUGCAGGACCGCGGCCGCGCCGAGUGGGAGUGCACCAGCGUGCUGACGGUCACACUGGAAGACGUCAACGACUGCGCGCCCAGCUUCGUCCUGCCCGUGCUGUCGCUGACGGUGCCCGAGGACACGGCCGUCGGCACCAUCCUGGGACGGCUGGACGUCCGUGAUGAUGACCUGGGCCUGUCGGCCGAGCUGGAGUACAGUCUGGUGGAGGAGGACGACGACGAUGCCCGGCUGCUGCUGGACCCGAGGACGGGCGUGCUGACUCUGGGACGGCCGCUGGACCGGGAACAGCAGGCCAUGUUCAACAUCAGCGUGCGAGCCACGGAUGGCGGCACACCCCAGCUGUCCAGCACCGCCACAGUCAUACUGUUGGUGCAGGACGUGAACGACAACGCGCCCGAGUUCACCAAAACGUUGUACCACGCGACGGCAUUGGAAAACACCACUAUUGGGACAGAGGUUCUCAAACUUCUGGCCACCUCGAGGGACUCUGGUGUCAAUGCCGAGAUCAGCUACAGCAUCAUUGGCGGCAACGAACACAACAUGUUCCAGAUCAACCCGAAAACAGGUAUUGUGUCGGUGAUGUCCGAGCUGGACUUUGAGCGAGCCGGAGAGUACAUGGUGACGGUGGAGGCCCGGGACGGCGGCAUUCCGCCGCUCAGCAACCACGCCACCGUCAACGUCACCGUGCUCGACUGCAACGACAACGCGCCGGUGUUCGGGCAGGAGGUGUACAGCGCCGUUAUCCGCGAGGACGUGGCCACAGGAGAGCGCCUCCUGCAGGUGCACGCGGCUGACCUGGACUCGGGCGCCAACGCUCGGGUGCGUUACUCGGUGACCGGCGGUGACCAGCACAGCCAGUUUGCCAUGGACACCGACUCGGGCUACCUCUAUGUCGCCACGCAGCUCGACAGGGAAAUGGUGUCCAGCUACAGUCUGGAGGUGACGGCGACGGAUGGUGGCGAUCCCUCGCUCAGCUCCUCCGCCCAGAUCAACGUCCACGUCAGCGACGCCAACGACAACCCGCCAGUCUUCUCCGAGACCGAGUACAGCGCCGUCGUGCAGGAGGACAAGCCUCCCGGCCACCCGCUGCUGCUGUUCUCUGUGACGGAUGCUGAUGAGGAUCCGAACGCCGGUCCGUUCACGUUCGAGGUGGCCGAGGGCAACGGCGGCAACUGGUUUGUGAUCACGGCCGGCGGCCAGCUGCGCACGGCCGCCAAGUUUGACCACCGGCUGCGCAACUCGUACAAGCUGCUGGUGCGCGUCUACGACAACGGUGAUGACGUGCGCUUCUCCGAGACCUGGGUCGACGUCAAGAUAAUCGAGGAGCCGCAGUACCCGCCGGUGCUGAUCCCGCUGCACGUGUCGAUCCAGUCGUACCAGGACAGCUUCCCGGGCGCCGUGGUGGGUCGCGUGCACGCCUCCGACCAGGACCCGUACGACCGGCUGCAGUUCGGCCUGGUGGCCGGCCAGGCCGGCCUCGAGCGCCUGUUCGAGCUGGACCCGGACGACGGCUCGCUGGUGACGCUGGCCGGCAUUGACGCCGGAUUGUACCGGCUGAACGUGUCCGUGACGGACGGCAAGUUCACCAGCCACACGGCCGUGACGGUGGAUGUGAGCGAAAUCACGGACCAGAUGGCGCGUCACGCCGUCUCCGUGACGCUGGCCAGCCUCACGCCGCGAGCGUUCGUGCUGAGCUACAUGAAGCCGUUCCGGCGCGCGCUGCGCAAGCAGCUGAAGGUGCGCGCUAAGGACGUGCUGAUUCUGAGCGUGCAGCCGGCGGCGGCGGGCGGCCGGCGGCGCAGCCGGGCCGCCCGGCCGGGCGAGCUGUGCUCGGAGCUGGUGAACGAGUGCGGCCGCUCGCCGUGCGCCGAGUACCAGACGUGCGUUCCGGACGCCUCGGCGGCGGGCUUCAGCUGCCGGUGUCCGGAGGGUCGCACGGGCCCCCGCUGUGGCCUGCUCGCCUCCGAGUGCCGCCAGGGCCAGUGCUACACGCCGCGCGCGCCGUUCUCGCUGGAUGGCGACGGGUACGCCGAGUACCGGCUGCUGGAGCCCGGCGAGGGGCGCGUCCUGGUACCGGACAUGCAGUUCAACGAUGACCGGUGGCACAACGUGGUUGUCAAGAGAUUCGGCAACAGAGCCGAAGUGCUGGUGGAUGGACGCUAUGGUGCACAGGGCGCGGCGCCCGGCUUCUACGAGGUGCUGAGCGUGGCCAAUGGACUGCUGUUCGUGGGCGCCGUCGUGCGGCCGGCCGGCUCGGACGGCUCGCGCGAGACGCAACGCGGCUUCGCCGGCUUCCGCUUCCUCGGCGAGCGGUGCGAACAGGACACGGACCCGUGCGCCUCGUCACCCUGCCUCCACGGCGGCGUGUGUACCAACGUGGCCGGUGACUACCGCUGCGACUGUCCGGUGCGUCUGUCGGGCCGGCGCUGCCAGUACGGCCUGCACUGCAACCCCAACCCGUGCCGCAACGGCGGCGCCUGCGAGGAGGGCGCGUUCGGACCGCUGUGCAAGUGUCGCGGUUUCACCGGGCCCCUGUGCACGGUCGACGUCAACGAGUGUCUGCAGAGUCCGUGCCGCAACGGCGCCACGUGCGUGAACGUGCCGGGCGCGUUCCGCUGCCUGUGCGCGGCCAACUGGACGGGCACGUACUGCGGCCUGACGGCGGCGGCGCCGGCCGCCCGGCUGCCCAUCACGCUCGAGCACAUCGUCGGCAUCGUGGCGUUCGUGCUGGCGCUGUUCCUGGUGGUGCUGCUGGUGGUGUGCUGGCGCCAGUCGCGGCGCAAGCGCAGCCGCACGCCGCGCCACCCGCUGGCCGGCAACCAGGACGCCUCGAACGAGAUCCUGCUGCAGAACAUCAAGCCAAAAAACCAGCGCGGCGAGUACAAGCGGAUGUCCAAGGUGUCCAACUUGGAGGCCAACAGCUCGGUGGCAGCGACUCUGCCGGUCCGUCCGGCGUCGUUCACCGGCGGAGCCAACAACCGGGCCUCCGAGCCGCAAUACUCGACGCUCAACAACCUGGACACCAUCCGCAGCUACGGGUCGGCAGCCGACGACCUGGACGGUCCACCACACAGCGCCUGCCAGUACUUGCAGGUCAGUUACACCUUCCCGGGCCUGGGCGAUCCGCUGCACAGUGGCUGCCAGUACUUGCAGAACUUCAACAAGCCCACGGCGAGCGUGGCGCCCUCUAUGGCGGCCACAGCCUCGGACAUGAGCGCCACCAACACUCUGGAGAAGUCCUACCGGGACAUAGACAAAAACAUCAAGCCCUCCUACUACGACAUGCACAAGAUACAGAACGACCUGACGGACCCGCAGCUGGCGGCACUGAACAGGAUCCAGCUGCCGCCGCUGGACAAGCCGCGCCGUGAGGGCGGCGCCACCGCCGUGCCGACGCCGGAGGUGCCAGACUACCACUGGGACUGUUCGGACUGGGCCCGCACCAGUCAGAAUCCCCUGCCGAACAUCACCGAGGUCACCGGGUCAGAGGUCAAGGACACGUCCAGUUACCAUAGUAACGAGAGCAACGAGAGCAACACGGCCGUCCGCGCCCCUGCUGGCGUGGCCAUGGCGGACGACGACGACGUGCUGGAGACGCUGAACGAGGACCAGACGUCCGACUACGUGGGCGAGGGCGACGGCGACGACAUCACCUCGGACCUGGACACGCUGCCCGAGCCGACCGACUUCGACCGCAUUCUGUCGGCUCACGGCAUCGAGCUGGGCGGCUCGGCGUCCGAGCUGUCGUCGGUGGCCGGCGGCGACCUGGCCUACGGCCUGGCGGCGCACCCCAACCUGUACCUGCCGGCGCACAGCGGCGCCGACACGGACGGCGAGGCGGACGGUCUGCUGCACCGGCUGGACAGGUACCGGUACCCGGCGCGCAACCGUAUGCCGCUACAGCUGGGUACGUACGCCGAGCUGGAGUCGCUGACGGCCGGCAGUCAGAGCGAGGACGGCGGCCAGCUGUGUGACAUCGAGUCGGACGACGCCAGCUCGCGCAUCUGACGGCGCCCGGCCGGCCGGAGCUGGGCCGCGAUCUCAGAGGCCGGGCCGGCCGACGGCCGACGGCGCGCGGUGAGACGGGCAGCGCCGGGCCCGCCGGCCGGCCGGGCCAGCUCGGAGGAGACACUCGCGCUCAGGUCGGCCGGGCUGAGGCUGGCCCGCCGGCCCAGCG